UUUUUGGUGCCAGUGAGUGUUGGUGGUUCUUUUCUUUUGAAUUUUUGGCUUGAAAGCGUUGUGUGUGAAAAUUCUUACAACAGUUUGUUAAAAUCUGUCAUAGACAUCGUUUCGUUCGUUCGCCUGAUAUUGAAUAUUUGCGGCGAAAUAAUUUGUAAAAUUUGUAAUCCGUCCAUGCCAUGCGCGAUAAAAUAUCCCAACUAUUUUGCUUGCAAAAAAACGCAUGCAAAAAUAAUUCAACAGAUAAUCGAGGAGGACAACAUGUGCCAAAUAAAGCAACGCUCAACGGGUCAACGUGUACCAACGGUUCUAUUGGGCCAGAAGGGCCCGAAACGACAGAGACCGACUCAUCAGGGACCGGGGGGAUGCGGAAGUCGUUGGAGAGGAAGGGCUCAACGCCGAACGACGCUGUUCACCUCCAGAGACGGGUGGGACUCUUCAGUGGGGUGGCUUUAAUUGUCGGGACUAUGAUAGGAUCUGGAAUAUUUGUGUCACCAUCUGGUCUACUAGUUCGUACUGGUUCCGUUGGUGUUAGCUUUAUAAUAUGGCUGGCCUGUGGUUUGCUCUCAUUGUUGGGCGCUCUGGCAUAUGCUGAAUUAGGUACAAUGAAUACAUCGUCAGGUGCUGAAUGGGCAUAUUUUAUGGACGCAUAUGGACCAGCACCGGCGUUUUUAUUCUCAUGGGUAUCGACACUAGUUUUAAAGCCAUCGCAAAUGGCAAUAAUUUGUCUUUCAUUUGCACAGUAUGCAGUGGAGGCAUUUGUCUCUGAAUGUGAUCCACCAAUGUCGGUUGUUAAAAUGGUUGCAGUAGUAGCAAUAGUGAUGAUAUUGUUUGUUAACUGUUAUAGCGUUAAUUUGGGCAUGGCAGUUCAAAAUAUAUUUACCGCCGCCAAAUUGGUGGCUGUUUUAAUUGUUAUAUGUGGUGGUGCCUGGAAACUGUUUCAGGGCAAUACACAACAUCUAUCGAAUGCAUUUAGUGGACCUACACCCACCAUGGGAGCAAUAGCCACAGCCUUCUAUACGGGUCUGUGGGCUUAUGAUGGCUGGAAUAACUUGAACUAUGUUACGGAGGAGAUUAAGAAUCCGAGCAAGAAUUUACCACGCUCCAUAGUAAUUGGCAUACCAUUGGUUACUUUGUGUUAUGCUUUGAUUAAUAUUUCCUAUUUAGCGGCCAUGUCACCCACCGAAAUGAUUGAAUCCGAGGCUGUAGCGGUAACAUUUGGUAAUCGUAUCUUAGGAGCCAUGGCCUGGUUGAUGCCCUUGAGUGUAACCAUCAGUACAUUUGGCAGUGCAAAUGGUACAUUGUUUGCAGCGGGAAGAUUAUGCUUUGCUGCUUCCCGAGAGGGUCAUUUGCUAGAUAUUUUAUCUUAUGUGCAUGUACGACGUCUAACACCAGCACCUGGUCUAAUAUUCCAUUCAUUAAUUGCUGUUGCUAUGGUUUUGUAUGGUACCAUAGAUUCAUUAAUUGACUUCUUUAGUUUUACCGCUUGGAUUUUCUAUGGUGGCGCUAUGUUGGCCCUCAUUGUGAUGCGUUUCACCAAACCCAACUAUCCAAGGCCAUAUAAAGUGCCUAUUAUCAUUCCCGUUGUGGUUCUGGUGAUCUCAACGUAUCUGGUGGUGGCUCCCAUUAUCGAUACGCCUCGCAUUGAAUAUUUGUAUGCAUUACUCUUCAUAUUUGCCGGUUUGAUAUUCUAUGUACCAUUUGUGAAAUUGGGAAUGACACCGAGAUUUAUGAAUAAAGUUACAUUAUUCUUUCAACUGUUAUUGGAAGUUGUGCCCACAUCUACAAUGGGCAUGUUCGAUUAAAAAAGCUAAACACAUCAGAACAAAUAAACAAACUAGACCAGAAAUAUGCUCAACAACACUAAUGAGACACUUGCAGAAAAUGCAAUGGGGGUAAUAUCAAAAAGAUAUACAAAACAUUGGAUUGAUUUAUAUAUCGUUGUAAAGCUAUAAAAUAGUUUUUGACACAAAUAUUCUAAAGAAAACCAAAAUAUAAAAACAGAACUAUUGAAAACCAAACAUUCAUAUUAAAAGAAUUACAAAGAUAUAAAUUAUUAAAAUAUAUACUAUACAAUAAAAUACUAUAUAUAUUGUAGAUUUUAAGAAAACAAAAAUUUUAAAAAAUUAAAACCAAAAAAAUGUGAAAAAAUAAAAAUUCAAAAAGAAGCAACCAACUUGUUACUUGAAAUUAAAAGUAGUUGUUGUUAUCAACAAAAAUAUAUAAUUAUUAUUAUAAAACAAAAAACUUAUAUAAUUUUAAGGCUUUGUUUAUUUUUUUAUAAAUUAUAUUUUAGAAAUUUUAUAAAUAAAAAAUAAUUUUUAAAAAUUACACAUUGUUUGCUAAAACAAAAAUAGAGAAAUAGCAAACAAAUUGGUUACAAACAAUAAUAAAAUUGUUUAAAUUUCUGUUGUAAACAAAAAUUGUUUAGUAGGACUGUUAAUAGACUUUAAUUGAAUUUUAUUAAAAAAAAUACAAUUAUUAAAAACAAACAAAAAAAAAGUGUAAUUUCAACCACCUCCAAAAGGCUAAUGUUUAUUUUGUUACACUGUGCAAACGAACUCAAGCUACUUAUUGCAUAGUUGUUAAAUAUAAACAUUAAAACUUUUUUCAAAAUAUUGUUGUUAAAAUAAACAAUUUGUUUAUCAAUAAUUUUUGCUCUAUUUUCUCUAAUAUUGUAAAUGUUGACACAAAAUACCAAUAAUCAAAAUAUUGAAAAUAUUAGUAGCAUUAUCAGAUAAACGAAUAGACCUAAUAUCAUACAAGUUUUUUUGAGCUUUUUAAGCAAUAUAAUUAUUUCUAAAAUAUAUUUUUAAUUUAAAUUUAGAAUAUAAAAGACAAAAUACUAAAUAAAAGUUAAACUUUCAAGUUUUCGGCUCUUUGCAUUUUUUUGUUUUUGAACGAAUUUUUUUUUUUAUUUCUUUUACUACAUAUUUAAAAAAUUGUCUUUAUUAAGUAUUUUGUUAUUGAAAUAUUUUUUAUUAUUAUUAAAAUACAUACAAUUUAAUUAUAGUUUUUAAGUUUUUAUUUUUAAAAUGUAUUAUUAAUGGAAACAAGAGAAUUUUCUUAAAUAAAGUUUUACAAAAACAACAAAAAACAAAAA